AUGCUUUGUCCCGUUCACUGCACUGAGUCUUCGAAAUUCUACUUAGGACUUCAGCUUCCCAGAAACAUCUCCUUCCCCUUCAGUGCCUUGAGAAUAGGGUCUGCCAUCCAGCUCGCCAUUGACAAAAUAAAUUUAGACCCCAACAUCCUACCUAAUCAUACGUUGGACUUUGUAUAUGCCGACAGUGACUGCAAUCCUAAAGUAUCCAUUCGCGAGUUCAUAGAUCAGGUUCAAAGGUACAAUAUUUCUGCUCUUUUUGGACCAGCUUGCCCGGAUGUGUCAGAGAUUACAGGUCUCCUUGCCUCUCAGUGGAAUAUCCCCAUCUUUGGAUUUGCUGGUCAGGCCCUUGCCUUUGAUGAUUUCUACGUGUACGAUACCUAUGUCAACCUGCUGUCUUCACUCCAGAAUAUGGGUAAUGUCCUCACUAAAACCUUGCGUUUCUUUGGCUGGAAGAACGUUGCCAUGUUUGGAGGGUCUUCCGAGGAGUCCAGCUGGGACAUGACUGACCAACUCUGGCAAAUCAUUGCCGAUGAGCUGGAAGAAAACUUCACCAUUAUAGCUGAAAUCAGAUAUGACACAGGCGACAUGGCCCUCCACCAGGUGAAACUCAAGGAAGCUGCAGUUUCAGCGAGAAUUGUUAUCUUAAUUUGUGCUCCUGGGGUGGCAAGGUCCAUAAUGUUGGAGGCAUAUCGUCAAGGCAUGACGAAUGGGAAAUUUGUGUUUUUUAUCAUUCAGCUGUUUGAACUCAGCAGUUAUGUGGAUAACUUUUGGAAAUCAGAUGUGCCGGAUGAGAAUUAUGAGGAUACCUUUGCGGCAUAUGAGCCAGUAUUUCUCAUUACUCUGCAGUCAUACAGUGAAUAUGAAUAUUACACCUUUCUACAAGAAGCCUACCAGCGAUCCAAAGGACCUCCCUUUUACAGCAAUUUGUCUUCAGUGGCAGAGAUGAGCUCCGAUUCAGCUUAUCUUUAUGAUGCAGUAACGCUGUAUGCUUGGGGGGUUCAAGAAAUGUUAGAUGCGGGAAUGGAUCCACGCAAUGGAAGAGAAUUUGUUAAGAAUUUGAAGGGUUACGGUAAACGGCAAUUUUAUGGUCUGACUGGCUUGGUGAAUAUUGAUUAUUCCGGAAGAAGAUCCUUGAAUUAUUCUGUGUAUGACAUGCAAAAAUAUGUAAAUGGCACAAAGUUUGUUCCUAUUCUAGAAUAUGACAGUUACAGCAAGUUGCUCAGUCCCACUGAAGAUUUUCCAAACAUUGGGUGGCCUGAUGGAACUCCGAUUAAAGACCUCCCUGAGUGUGGGUUUUACAAUGAAAAUUGUCAUGAUGGACUAGAUAGCUAUGUUGUGAUUUUAAUCGUUGUGAUUGUGAUCAUGUCUAUUACUGCGGCCCUUGUCAUUGGUUUCCUGAUGUCACACAAGCACAAAUCCCUAAACCGAUAUAACGAUACAUGGUGGAAAAUAAAUUAUGAAGACAUUGCUUUUAUAAAAGAUACCAAGAAACACGAUGAAAACCCAUCAACAGGAGACGGUGGAGGUAACGGAUCUAAAAGUAAUGUUUCAAGUCAUCAGAAUUAUGGUGUUAAAGAUAAAAUGGAUAACAGAACUAUUUAUACCACAGUCGCCAUUUACCAGGGAAAUCAUGUGACAGUCCUGAACUUUGAGAGAAAGACUCCUCCGGACAUGAACAAGCGUUCAAUACUAUAUGAAAUGAACCAGUUGCGAGAACUAAGACAUGAGAAUCUCGUAAUGUUCUUCGGUGUGUGUGUUGAUGCAACAAGAGUGUUUAUAGUUACACAAUGCUGCAAAAGAGGAACCUUAAUGGACAUCCUGAACAAUGUAGAAUUUGAACUUGACUGGAUUUUCAAGCUCUCGUUAUGUUAUGAUAUAAUUAACGGCAUGAUAUUUUUACAUGAUAGUCCAAUGAAGUCUCAUGGUAACCUAAAGCCUAAAACCUGUCUAAUAGACAGCCGAAUGCAAGUAAAGCUAUCAGGAUUUGGACUCUGGGAGCUCCAAUAUGAAACCAAAAGAAAAUUAAUCUUUGCUGAAGAUAUGGAUUACACAGAUCUAUACUGGACUGCCCCUGAACUAUUACGAUGUGAGGAAUGCCCAUACAAUGGGACCCAGAAAGGGGAUGUAUAUGGUUUUGCCAUCAUUACAAAAGAAUUGAUUCAUCAUGGAGACAAAGGUCCCUACCACGAUUUUCUGAUGGAGCCAAAAGAAAUUAUUAGUAAACUCAUAAACCCUAUAAUGCUGCUGAGACCCACCCUGUCGGCUGAGAAGUGUACGGAACAGAUUGUCACUCUGCUGAAAUCCUGUUGGGAUGAAUGUGCUGACAAAAGACCAGGCUUUCACUCAAUCAAACAUACACUGCGAAAGGACAAUCCUGAAGGUGAAGUGAGCAUUCUAGAUGCUAUGGUGGAUAAACUUGAAAAAUAUGCGAAUCACUUGGAAGAGGUGGUUGAAGAAAGGACUCGCCAACUCACACAGGAGAAGGCGAAAAUUGACCAGCUCCUGAUCAACCUGUUGCCAAGUUUCAUUGCCGAGCAACUCAUGCUAGGAAAGGCUGUGGAGCCAGAAUUCUUUGAAUCAGUAACCAUCUUCUUCUCGGACAUCGUUGGCUUCACCAAGCUUUGCUCCAUCAGCACCCCUCUGCAGGUGGUAGAUAUGCUCAAUGACCUGUACAGCUUAUUUGAUGAAAUUCUCAAGUUUUAUGACGUAUAUAAGGUUGAAACAAUAGGAGAUGCCUACAUGGUAGCAAGUGGACUUCCAAUUCGCAAUGGAAUGGAGCACGCUGGGGAAAUUGCCACAAUGUCUUUGCAUUUUCUCAGCUCCAUCGCCGCCUUUAAGAUAAGACACAUAAAAAAUGUACAAUUGCAUCUUCGCAUCGGUCUCAAUACAGGCCCGGUAGUUGCUGGUGUAGUUGGAGUCAUUAUGCCCAGAUACUGUCUCUUUGGAGACACAGUCAAUGUAGCUUCAAGGAUGGAAAGCAACAGUUUACCCUUGAAAAUACACAUGUCGCAAAGCACAGUUGAUGUGCUGAGGGGCUUUGGAGGAUAUGAAAUAGUGGAGAGAGGGACAAUAAAAGUGAAGGGAAAAGGAAAGCAAGCAACAUACUGGCUUAAAAACAAAGCGGGAUUUAACAAGCCUUUACCAACAUUUGAAUUUACUGCAGAGGAAAGUUCAAUAGAGGAGGCAGACAUGGAUUAACUAGAGCCAGCAACAUCAGCGUCAACACAAGAAAUUCACCAUCAGACCUUCCCCAAAAUAAAUGCACAUCUCCGUUGGAUCCACCUCAGAACGAGAUAAAAUGAAAGACAAACUCUACGGGUUAACACAAGACGCCCAGUGAAACUAUGGAGCAAUUUUGGGCAGAAACACUAAAAUUAAAUGAUCAAUUUACCAGAAGGAUGAUUUUGGUAUAUCUACAAAUCAAAUUUCUUGUGAGUUUCUUGAAAUGUUCCUUUGAGAGAAUGUGAGAGCUUUCUCUGUCUCCCGUGCAACCUCUGGCUCCUUCGUGGUAAUCGUGUCUGUGUUGCUGCUGUUAGGCUGCCAUGGGGAUUCAUGUCCUGAAAAGCAUUGAGCUAGAAAGAAGAAAUAUAUUAACUACAAAUGCCUAAUAAUUAGUUUUAGGUUUGGUAAGAUUGUGAAGUAUUAAUAGUAGUCUCUGGUUUUAUGCCUGUUCACCAAACCAAGAAUAUUCCAAUUUGACUCUCAGUCUGAAGAAGGA